AUUUGCUAUAAAAACAUGGGAAAAAUAUUCAAUGAAAUUAAAUAUUUUCUGAAGGCAUUGAUGUGUUUUUUAGCGGCUAGUCUAAUAGUGCCCAUUAUUUUAGUAACAUUAAUCUUCGUUCAUUACAGUAACGAAUUGGUAAAUUAUGUACUUUCAAUUAAAUAUCCUCAAAUAUCAAUCUCAAAAACGAAAAAGAUACGUUCCCUCAUUGACACGACACGAAAUGCUGGCAUUUUCAAUUUCCUAAUACAAGUGAAAGGACCAUGUGAUUUCGUUCAAAUUAAGCGAUAUUAUGAAGAACAUUUAACCAGUGCACGAAAUAAAACAGGACAUCUGAAAUUUCCCAAAUUAAGACAACAGCUGGUGAAUUGUUGGAGUCAUUACGGCUGGGUGAAGGAUACAAGUUCGUUUAAUCUCAAUAACCACAUUUUGCUAAACACUUCACCCCAUCGGGGAUAUGCUGUAAAUGACGCCAAUAUUCAAGACUUUAUUAGCGAUUUAGUCACCAAGUAUAUACCAUCGGAUUUGCCACAAUGGCAAGUUAUUGUAAUACCUGCAGCUACGAAGUCUGCGCAGAGUCAGGAAGAAAAUGAUGCAGAAACUGAUCAAGACGAACACUAUUACAUUCUCUUGAAAAUACACCAUUUAGUAAUAGCCGAUGAGGAUGAUCUUCACAUUAGCGAAAUGUUAAUGUUGAAAGAUGAUAGCGAUAAGCCAAUAGUUGAAAUCGGUGGUAUUACCAGACGAAACUCUAAAUUAAAUGAUAUUUCAUCUUUUAUACGUAAACCGCAGCACAUAGAAAAUCUAUUGAAACAUAUCGGCUUUGUGAUUAUUAACCAGUGGAAUAAAUUUAUCUACGAAUUUGAAUCUUUGGAAACUCCCGAUGGUAUAAUUGGUUUAAAAAUCACAAAUCUGUCACAGUUGCUUUCAGUUCUGCUAAUUAUAGCUGUGAACGUAUUUGUGGAUUAUUGGAAAACUAUGACAUCUAAACAAAAAAAGAAAUCUUUACGCAAACAUCAAGAGGCAGAAGGCAGGUAUAAGAUUAUAACCAAGCUGUUGGCGAAAGAAGUCGACAAGCGACAUCUGUCAUGGAAAGUGGCAAAUGAUGCAGUUCGUAGUUCCCUGCAGUUAUCAAAUUUAACCAAAACAUGGGCGAAAAUUCUGUGGCAAGCAAAUGUUAAUAGUGUGAUGUCGAUACCCUAUUACGUCUACCUUGAACUCUUAGCAUUGAGGGAUUUAAUAUUUAAAGGAGAAACUAGACACAUCACGACCUACUGCAGCCGUUUAUCGGUUUAUAUACCAUUGUUAAUAUAUGCUCAAAUGGAACUCAUUAAAAUCUGCUAUGAAAUAUUUAAAGCUCCCGUCAAUAUUUAUGAAGAACUAUUCCAAUAUCCUUCAAAUGAAGAGAAUAAAUUACACAAAAUGUCUUAUUCGGGUCGGAAGAUCGUGUCGUUUAGCAAGUCUAUAGAUGGCAAGCAGUUGCGAAAACGUUUGAAAUUUAGCGACGAAAUUCGCGAAUCAGAUUAUGUUAUCUCCUGUUUGUCCGCAGCCAUUUACGAUUACUUUGAAUAUUAUGCCAAAGAAGUACCCGUACCAAAAAUUCUUAAUACCACUUGCCGUACCAUGGGAAAGGGAUAUUUGACCGAUAAUCUGGGCGAUAAGACUGAUUUUAUCGGCGGUGUUGUCUUCCUGCAAUUGCCAUUGAAAGUACCCGAUCGCGAGCAUGCAAGACAAAUUCACUCGAUAAUCGAACAAAUUCGCCGCAAACAAAUCAUGAUAUAUUUGGCGUCAUUGGGUCAAACUAAAUAUGACAUGUUAACGUCCAUCUUCCCCAGUGUGCUGACAAAAAUAUGCAUAAAUUAUUUUUCAUCAAAUUUCCCAGUUACAAUAACGGAAAUACAUGGCGAGAAUUCUGAAUUUCAGACAUUGUGGGGUCAAACGGUUGAAGAUGUUUUACUUUUCCGUCCACCACAAUCCAAAACAUGUCUUUCAUUGAAUAUACAUCGUUUUGGUGAAAAAUUCCGUUUGGCAGUCAUGGCAGAUACUCAGCUUGGUCCAGAUCAUUCAAUUAUAACACGUUCGUUUGAAAAUUAUAUGGAGACUGUUACCUUAUAACUCUUUAUUUUACUUGUAUAUUUUGUUAACAUCUUAAUAGAUUCAAAUACAUUUUUACUCAUAAA